AUGUCUCCCCGUCGCCGCCCCCUCAGCAAGGUUCUGGUGAAUAUCGACCUGAAUCGCAUCAAAAAGCGUCAGUCUCGCCCAUCGCUUCCAAAACGCGCCUCUUCUGGUCUUCUGCUCGCAGAUUUCGAGAUUGGGAAGGUGCUCGGAAAGGGAAAGUUGGGCAAGGUCUACUGUGUCCGCCAUAGGCUGUCAGGACUCAUUUGUGCUAUCAAGGCUAUGUCCAAGAAGGAAUUGGUGGACCUUAAAUUGGAGAAGAACUUCCGCCGCGAGAUUGAAGUCCAGAGAAACCUCAUCCACCCCAACAUAAGCAGACUCUAUGGGUUCUUCUUUGACGACACAAACGUCUACUUGAUUCUCGAGUACGCCCUUCAUGGCGAGAUAUACCAGUUGUUGAAGACUCACCGACGUUUCGACGACAUUACGGCAUCCAAUUACACAUUUCAAGUGGCCAAUGCCUUGAUGUACUUGCAUUCUAAAGGUAUCAUUCAUCGUGACAUUAAACCGGAAAAUAUCUUGCUUGCAUCUGACAAAACUGUCAAGCUUAGUGACUUUGGCUGGUCUGUAAAAACAAAAGUGCCAGAAAAGAGGCUCACUAUUUGUGGAACCCUAGAUUACCUUCCGCCUGAAAUGGUGGAAUCCAAGGAACACGACUAUACUGUCGAUAUUUGGCUGCUUGGAAUCUUGUGUUACGAAUUUUUGGUGGGGAGACCGCCUUUUGAGGAGGUGGACAAAAACGCAACUUACAAACGCAUAGCUAGGGUGGAUGUUCAAAUACCAAGUUUUGUAGAGGCUGAUGCUGCUGAUUUAAUCCACCGCCUUCUCCAGAAAGAUCCAAAGAAGCGCUUGCCCUUGUCCGAGGUGGAAAACCAUCCAUGGAUUGUCAAGUACCGUCCUCUCUGGCCAAAACAGCCAGGUUCAUAG